AUGGCUCUUAGCACCAUUAUGCCUCCUAGCACCAGUAUGGCUCCUAGCACCAUUAUGGCUCCUAGCACCAUUAUGGCUCCUAGCACCAUUAUGGCUCCUAGCACCAUUAUGCCCCCUAGCAUCAUUAUGCCUCCUAGCACCAUUAUGUCUCCUAGAACCAUUAUCCCUCCUAGCACCAUUAUGCCUCCUAGCACCAUUAUGUCUCAUAGCACCAUUAUGCCUUCUAGCACCAUUAUGCCUCCUAGCACCAUUAUGCCUUCUAGCACCAUUAUAGCUCCUAGCACCAUUAUGCCUCCUAGCACCAUUAUGUCUCCUACCACCAUUAUGCCUCCUGACACCGUUAUGCCUCCUAGCACCAUUAUGCCUCCUAGCACCAUUAUACCUCCUAGCCCCAUUAUGCCUCCUAGCACCAUUAUGCCUCAUAGCACCAUUAUGCCUCCUAGCCCCAUUAUGCCUCCUAGCUCCAUUAUGCCUCCUGACACCAUUAUGCCUCCUAGCACCAUUGUCUCCUAG